AUUUAGGCCUACAUAGCUGGUGAUAAAGUAAAUCACAAAAAACAGCUAAGUUCUAACUAUGUCGUCGUAUCAUCAAGCGGUUAAAAAGUUUCUUACAGAGAUCAACAAAUUCAUCAAUAUUACGCUUAAAAAUGAGAAUCUCAGUGUAUCAGCACAGAAAGAAAAGGAAAAGAUAGUUGAACUCCUACUAAGGUUCUAUGUUGAUUAUGACAACUUAUCCAGUGGAGAUGAAGGGAGUACAUCUAGUGCCAGAGACACAGGUGCUCACAGUUCUGGGAGUAUAUCAAGUGCUAAAGACACAAGUGCUAACAGUUCUGGUAGUGCUUCCAGUGGAAAAGACACACUUGCCAACAAUUCAUUUGGUGAUGAUUCACGUAAUGUUGCUGAUACCAGCAUGACGGCUGAUGAUGAUAACUAUGAUGACAAUAUACCAGAUACAACAGUGAGGUUACUGCCAGAUCCUGUAAAGAUUGGAUAUCUGGAUAAGAAACAAAAAGCUCUGCUGGGUGCUCUGUUUAGCUGGCAGAAACGAUACUGUGUUUUACACAAGAAUAUCAUGUACUGCUUUAAAAAACCAGAUGACAAAAAACAGCAGUGUGCCUUUUAUGUCACAGGAUACGAGUUUAGAGAAGCCCCUCAAAAUCAGAAAGAUGCAGGAAAAAAGGACUGCAGCUUUGAGCUUGUUUGUCCUGGCAAGAAAUCUUAUCAGUUCUUAGCAUCAUCAAAAGAAGAUUUUCAAUCAUGGAGAGAAGCAAUACAAACAGCAUCAAAACAGGUCACAGAAGUAAAUGAUGAAGAUGACGGAGACAUAUAUGAGGAAACAGAAAACUAUCCUUUAAAAGCUGAAACGCCAGCCAAACCUUCCCCUCCGGAAGAGGUUUAUGAUGAUGCAAUAACCAUGCCAAAUCCUGCUCUCCCCGCCCCACGCUCCAUUCCCCCUGUCCCUCAAAUCAAACAAGAGGUAACUAAAAUUGAAGAUGAAGAUGAUUUAAUCUACGAGCCCAUUGAUCAGCAUCAGCAAGCCAGUAUCCCCCCACCUUUACCCUCCCACCACCCUAAAGCUGUUUCCCCAACAGCCUCAGGACCUGUCCCCCCUCCACUGCCAAGUAGGAAUGUUCCGUUGCCUCCCCCACCAGUAGAAAUCCAAAAACCCAAGCUGACGCCCGCCUUGGGGAAAAUCCUGCAGCGCUCUGAAGAUUUUGAGAAUUUGUUCUAUGGGCUGUGGCAGUGCGAGAGCUCAACCCCUCAGGAGUUAAGUUUUGGCAGAGGGGAGAUCAUUCACAUCAUCAGUCGGGACUUGGAAAAACAGAAUUGGUGGGUUGGCGAACUGGGUGGGAAAAUUGGUUUGGUGCCAGUUUCUUAUUUAACUCCAGCUUAUGAACUUGUCCACUGAUUUGAACAUUUUAUUUUAUUUUAUUUAGCAACCAACAUUUUUAAAAUUAUUACUGGUACUGUAGCACAUCAUUGUGAUUUUAAAAUUUUGUAAAAUAUAUUUUCGAAAAAUUAGUUUUUAUUUAAUGUAUCUUUGUCCAGAUUCUUAUUACAUUUUAAUCUGCGUGAUCUAAAGCAAAUUUAUUCUGACGAAACGCUAUUCAAAAGAAAUACUUUAAGAAUUACAUGGAGCAAUUAAUCAAUUUAUUUAUCAUAUAACGCCACAAAAAGGAGAAAAAUUAGGUUAGAGGUUCAGUAUUAAUGCAAGUGAUAUAUUUCAUAGUUCACUAUGUUCCUAAAUAGUGAAAAAAUCUGAUUUUAGACGAGAAUGUUACUCCUUACUGAAAUGUGGUCACCCCAGUUAUUUAUCCUUAUAUUAUUUCUCCAAGUAAUGAAGACAAAGAGACCUUCAAAAUGUGUUGCCCCUGGCCUAAAUACUGUAGAUUAAAUACAAAUAUGUUGCAUUUUUAUUGUUUCAUUAGCUAAAGGCUAAAUAAAAGCAUGUUUACUUAGCCAUUUCAUUUCUAAUUUUGAUUAACAUUUAACUUAUUAAUUCCACAAUGAUAUAUAUAAUCUGUUAUAACUUUUGUUUUAUUAAUUUGUUGGUGCAUUGGUAAUUUCCUACUGUUGUUUAUUUAAUUUGAAAUUAUGAGUUGGAAGGACAGUAUGCAAUUAAGAUUUCUGGCAUUUCUUUUUGUUUUAAAUUUAAGUGUGUAACACAAUAUGACAAGAAGUGUGACAGCCUUAUAUUCCAAAUAUUUCAAAUUGUUGCCUUAUCUAGUCAAAAAUAAAAAGCUCUCAUUUU